AUGCUGAUCAAGGUGAAGACACUUACAGGCAAGGAGAUCGAGCUGGACAUUGACAGCUCCGAUAGGGUGUCCCGCAUCAAGGAGCGCGUUGAGGAGAAGGAAGGAAUCCCACCUGCUCAACAAAGAUUGAUCUUUGGUGGAAAGCAGAUGCAUGACGAUAAGACUGCGAGGGAGUUUGGCGUAGAGGGUGGAAGUGUUCUGCACGAUGUCCGUGCUGUCUCUCGAGACAGUCUGAACAGAAUACACAACGGGUUGCUCAAGCCCGAGCUGGUGCUCGAGCAGACUGCUUGA